UACGAGUGCCCUGCUUGCUUCCUCCAAUUCUCCGCAUCGCCGUCGCGCGGUUCUCCGUCCAUCAUUGGCCAAAUCGGUCCGUAUCAUGGUUCUGACGCGGGAUUGCACCCUACCCUCAUCCUGAACUUAUCGCCUGUGCCUCUCUGCUUUUGAUGAUAUGUAGGAAUCACUGACUGAUAUCUUCCCACUCUAGUAUAGACCCCAUACAACAAUCUCCCCUAUACCCCCUUAAACUCCUACCACACAGCUCGUGACCAUGUCCGAAGAGCAAAAGCCUGUCGCCCAGCCCAACGCUGAGGCUGAGAAGGAUGUCCAGAACGUCCUCGCCGAGCUGAAGGGCGAGAACGAAGUCCCCGCCAACGGUGCCGAAAAGAAGGAGACCGAAGAUGCCGAGGAAGCCCGCAUUGUCGAGGCCGCCGCUAAGCUGGGCGAGAAGUCUGAGAAGGCCGAAGAGCAGAAGACGACACAGGAAUCUCGCAACGACAACCGGGGUCGCGAGGGCCGCUUCAACCGCCGCAACAACGCCAAGUUUGACCCCUCCACGCAGCAGGUGACGGAUGACCCGGUCGAGAUCCGCAAGCAGGUUGAGUUCUACUUCUCUGACUCCAACCUGCCCAUGGACAAGUUCCUGUUCUCCAAGGUCGGCGGCAGCGCCAACCGUUCCGUUCCUCUGGAACUUCUGCACUCCUUCAAGCGCAUGCGCCGCUUCCAGCCCUUCAGCGCCGUCGUCGAGGCCCUCAAGUCGUCCGAGACGCUUGAGUUGACCGAUAACGAUACCUCCGUGCGCCGGAAGACUCCCCUUCCGGAGACCGUGUCGCAGACUCACGACCACAACGUGGUCAAGGUGUUCGAGGACCAGGCCAUGAGCCGUAGCAUCUACGCCAAGGGUUUCGGCGACGAGGAGCCGACCACUCAGCUUGACAUUGAGGCCUUCUUUGCCCCCUACGGACCCGUCAACGCCAUCCGUCUGCGUCGUGCCUACGACAAGACCUUCAAGGGCAGUGUGUUCGUUGAGUUCGAGUCGGAGGAGAAGCAGAAGGCUUUCCUGGCCCUGGACCCCAAGCCCCAGUGGAAGGGACAGGACCUGCUCAUCAAGAGCAAGAAGGACUACUGCGACGAGAAGGUGCGCGACAUUGAGGCUGGCCGCGUGAAGCCCAGCGGCUCCCGCGGACGCGGUGGCUUCCAGCGCGGUCGCGGCCGUGGCCGUGGUGGAAACCGUGGCCGUGACAACCGCGACUGGAGGGAGCGCCGCGCGGCUGACCAGAAGAACGGCUUCAACGACAAGAAGAGUGAGCCCAAGGAGGAGCGCAGUGAGGUCCAGAAGGAUGCUCGCGGCGUCCCCAUUGUCCAGAGCACCGCCGAGUCCGGCCAGAAGCGUGCCGCCGAAGACGAGGCGAACGGCGACCACCCUGCCAAGAAGGUGGACGCCAAGGAGUAAACGAAAUAACGUCAUCUAGAUCAAAAAAAAGGAGAGAAAAGUUGCAAUUUAAAGCUGGCUGUCUAUCAUCAAGGACACCACUUGCUUAUAUUUUUCUUCGUUGCUUCGAAAGAAAAAUGGGAAUAAGGGUUAUGGGAUACAAAAAGCAUGACUUUGGCUCGAAUUACUACCCCCGGACUUUGAAGACCAUAGUACCAUAAUGGCGUUGUAUAAUUUCAUUAUUAUUUUUUUUUCUUUUUAUUUCUCUUUUCAUUAUUAUUUACCGAUAUCCUUGCUUCGGUGGAUUUUACGUUCUAGACUCACGGAAUAGGAUGUUCUGGAAUUCAUCUUUACCGUUUAAUUUCCUUCCUUUGGUAAGUGGGCGUACUAUCGUGGAAUAUUCAUCAACCAAGAUUGCGACUGGUGA